UACACAUGCGUAGUGGCUACAUUCUUCUUUCCAUUGCUGUUUACAGGAGAAACGCACAGUUCAAUCAGGACACCUCAAAACUCAGAAACCCUAUCAUCAUGUCCGAGGAAAAACGCCGAGGGGGAGGCGAUGAAACCGUCGAUGGAGGCCCGGGUCUUGUUUAUAUGCCAUUUGUCAUCAUGGAGGAAUUAACAGACAAACUACGUCUUCUUGAAUAUGAUCGAAAUCUUCUGCGAAAAAUGAAUGUUAAGCCGAUUUCUAGACACUACUUUGCAAUCCCUACCAACCCUGGAGAGCAGUUUUAUAUGUUUACUUCCAUUGCUGCCUGGCUUCUCCGAACAGCUGGAAAAAAGUUUGAGCAGCCACAAGAGUAUGAUGACCCCAAUGCUACCAUCUCAAGCAUACUAGAGGAAGUCCGAAAAUUUGGGCAUGCUGUUGAUUUCCCACCAUCUAAGCUAAAACAGGGGUGUGGUGAACACUGCAUUUAUGUUUUGGAUCGCUUAGCUGAUGAAGCUUUGAUUUCAACAGGUUUCCGAUGGCGACAACCAAACUAUCCUGAAGAAGAAGCCGAUGAGGAGAACAUUGUUGAGGAUGAUUCAGAGCUCAAUCUCAAUGAAAUUGAGAAAACAAUGUUGGCAGGGGGAGGUGAUACGGAGGACUUUUCAGAAGAUGAACCAAUGUUGGAUUUGGAGCGAAUGAACAAACUGAAUCUGAAUAAGACUGAUGCCAGUUCUAAGCCAGAAGAGAUUCUUGAGUCUACUACUGAUGCUGUUGAUUGGCGAUUAGAGGUGGAACGAGUGACACCGCAGUUAAAAGUGACCAUUCGCACAGACAACAAGGAUUGGCGUGUCCACUUGGAGCAAAUGCACCAGCACCGUGAUGGCAUCGAAACUUCACUUACAGAGACAAUUCACCUGGAUAAGCUUCAUGAUGAGAUCAGUCACACCCUGGAAAAGAUUGCUUCACGUGAGAAAUACCUCAACAAUCAACUAGAGAAUCUUUUGCAAGAUUUUCGCAUGGCCCAGGAUCAGCUGGCAGAAACCAGGGAAAAGUAUCGACAGGCCAGCGGUGGUGUGACAGAACGCUCACGCACACUGGCAGAGUUGACUGAAGAACUAGAAAAGAUCAAGCAAGAGAUGGAAGACAGAGGCAGCAGCAUGACUGAUGGAGCACCUCUGGUGAAAAUCAAACAGUCCAUACAGCAACUGAAGAAGGAAAUAACACAGAUGGAUAUCCGCUCUGGUGUAGUAGAACAUGUCCUACUACAGGCAAAACUCAAAGACAAAACUUCACAGAACAAGCAGGCACAUUCUUCUAAUACCCAAGAUGGCUUCAUCAUCUGAUGUGAGAGGACUGCAUGAUUUUACCAUGUUAGCAAAAUAUCUAGAAAACUAUUUUCCUCCUCUUUAUUUUUCCUUUGUGAGUGUCAUCAACUAAACAGUGAAUGAUGUAUAAAUUAAUGCCCAGUAUUUAUUAUUCAUGUGUACAUAUAUGUUUUCUGCAGUAGUUGUAAAGUGGCUGUUAUAUAAAGCUUUUAUACAUGUGUGAGUGAGAGAUGGAGAAAGAGUGCUGAUGCAUGCACAGAUGAGUGAGUUGCUUGUUUAAAGAUCCUUGGACAUAUAUGUAUAUGUUCUUAAAUAAGUUUAGGUACCAUUUGUAAUCCAUUCAUAUGAAUAAAUCUUAAUUUUUAAGAACAUAAGAUCCAUAUUUAUUUACAUUUACAUAGGAUGGCAUCUGUUUGACUUCGGGCCAACAACCUUUGCCUAAAGUGGAAAAAUUCUCACUUAUAAAUAAUCUUCCUUAGCAUAUCCUGAAAGUGUAUUGUUCGGUGGCUAUCUUUGACGACACAUUUAUAAUUCCCUCAAAAACCUGCCCUGCCUAUGAAUGCAGCUGUUUUAAAUGUCUUUUUUUUCACUCAUGUAAAUGUGGAAGCAGUAGCUCUACUUUUUUUUCAUAUAUAAUAGUUGCAUACUUGCUUAUCCUCUCUUUCGCUCUCUCACACAACCCUCCACACACACACACGCAUUCAUUCCACCCAGUUGUAAUUUAAAUGGCACGAGAUUUAUUUCUGAAAUAUGUGUAUGCUGCUACUUGUUUAAGAUUUAAGAACAAUCAGGCUGUCAUUAUUAAUGAAAUAAUUACAUCAACUUUCCAGUUAUCAAUGUCAAGAGAUUUUAUGUUUCCAGUGACUUAACAUUCCGUCCAUAAUGUUCAACAGAAUUCAAACAGUAUGUUGAGUUUUAUAAAAAUAAAACUUCAAAAAGUC